AUGGGAUCAGCUGCCUUUUGCUCAAUCUCAAUCUUACCCUCAGCAAAUCCAAUUUUGUCCUCAGCCUCCUUUGCUCCACUAGUCCUCGCCUCUCGGAUCCGCCGGAAACCGUGCACCCUCGUAUCCGGGGCCUACAGAAGAACUCGCCGCCGGCGCAGAACUCGUCGGAAGCGUCUUCCCGAUAACGACAUGUCGGUUGCCGUUCCCAUUUCCUCACCCCCUCGCCGGCUCGACUUGGACGACGCGCCGUUCCUCGGUUCCAGGAUUAGUGCAGCAGAAAGGGAUGUGUUGACACCUAAUGCGGAAGGAGAUACAAGCAUGCCUUCUCCUAGCAAAACAGCUCCUUACAAGAACAAGCAUCGAAUGAUCAAAUUCUUCGGGGUCGAUUUGUCUCCUGACAAUGUGGCUGUUGCCAUGGUGUAUUUUGUUCAAGGUGUUCUUGGCCUUGCAAGGCUUGCUGUCAGUUUUUAUUUAAAAGACGAUUUGCAUCUAGACCCUGCUGAGACAGCUGUGAUUACCGGCUUGUCUGCAUUACCAUGGCUGAUUAAACCUGUCUAUGGGUUUAUUAGUGAUUCUGUCCCACUAUUUGGGUACCGAAGAAGGUCAUACUUGAUUUUGUCAGGGCUUCUUGGUGCACUGUCAUGGAGCUUGAUGGCAACUGUUGUUGAUGGCAAGUUUAGCGUUGCUUUCUGCAUAAUUCUUGGAUCUCUUUCUGUUGCCUUUUCUGAUGUGGUUGUAGAUUCCAUGGUUGUGGAGAGGGCUCGUGGUGAGUCACAAAGUAUGUCAGGUUCUCUUCAGUCUUUGUGUUGGGGAUCUUCAGCUUUUGGCGGAAUUGUGAGUUCCUACUUUAGUGGCUCCUUGGUGGAUGCUUAUGGUGUAAGAUUUGUUUUUGGUGUCACGGCUUUGCUACCACUGCUGACAUCUGCGGUUGCUGUUCUCGUAAAUGAGCAGCCUGUGAUUGGUGUGGCAAAGGGGACAAAUUUUGCUUUGGCUGGUCCUAACUUGCUUGAAAGCUGGAAACAGAAUUUUAUUCAGUUAUGGAAUGCUGUUAGGCAUCCCACUGUAUUUUUUCCCACAUUGUUUAUUUUCUUGUGGCAGGCAACCCCUCAUUCGGACUCUGCCAUGUUUUACUUCACCACAAACAAACUUGGUUUUACACCAGAAUUUCUAGGACGUGUCAAGCUUGUUACCUCAGUAGCAUCACUGCUUGGGGUUGGAUUGUAUAAUGGAUUUUUGAAAACUGUUCCACUGAAGAAGACUUUUCUUGUUACAACUGUCUUUGGUUCAGCUAUUGGGUUGACUCAGGUUUUCCUUGUGACUGGAUUAAACCGUAAAUUUGGUAUAAGUGAUGAGUGGUUUGCAAUGGGGGAUUCUUUGGUUAUUACGGUUCUUAGUCAGGCUUCUUUCAUGCCUGUUCUCGUGCUGGCUGCUAAAUUAUGCCCUGAGGGAGUGGAAGCAACACUUUUUGCAACCCUCAUGUCCAUUUCAAAUGCAGGGAGUGUUCUUGGAGGGCUCAUGGGUGCUGGCCUGACCCAGCUCCUUGGCAUAACCAAAGACCAAUAUGAUAACUUGGCCUUGUUGAUCAUCCUGUGCAACCUCAGCUCCUUGUUGCCUUUACCACUCCUUGGCCUCCUUCCGGGAGAUCAUCUUGAUGCCAAGCCAGAGGAGAGUACAGAAGAUAUAGAUAUUGAGAUGAAGUCUAAUUGA